AUACGAAGCUUCGUGCUUCUAGCUACUUUCAACGCCUGAACAUAUGUUAACGCGUCCGUCAAAACUCGCGAAUACAGAUAUGGCUAAUCGCCGGAAUAUACUAGGCUGUGCACCCAUCAGGUCAAGUAUAUAUAUGCUGCAACCAACGAGGCCGUUCCUCAGACAAUUCACCAUCAAAAACUCGUCCUCCCAGAGCAAGAAAGAAACUACUCUUCUCAGAAAAGGUCGUCCUCCACAGCAAAGAGAAGAAACGUUCUCUCUCACACUAUCUAUCUUCCCAUAGUCUUCCUCACCAUGGCUCCCAGACAGAAUGACCGCGGACCAUUGUAUCGAGUCACCGGUCUGGUUGGGUUGGCGACCGAAAUCCAUGCGCAGAGAAAAUCCAAGAAGACUGUCAGUCAAAAUGCUACAGAGAGCUCUUCUACCUCGACGAGAAACAUCCAGAACGAACUUCCAGCCUACGACGCCAUGAUCGGUCCACAGGGUAAUCCCGCAGAAAAUUAUACCGAUCGCCCCAAUAUGAUUGAGCCUCUUCCUUUACCGAUAAUUCUACCUCAACGACGUCCGAACUCAAGGAGUCGUGGCUUUGUCCGCGCCUAUGCUCCGGAUCUCUGGCAAUACAAAGGCAUCGAUCAGCAGACUUUUCUCGCCUUCUUGAAAGACUUCCACACAUCGUCGCAAGCAUCACCUAUCUUCCAGGUUAUCAACGUUGCUGCCAUUGCAGCUGGAUUUGCACCAUCGGUAAUAGCAAUGGCCGUCUCAGCUGGUGUUACGGCUGCUUCGAAAGCCGCCAUUGAGGUGCAAGGUCGUGCCCGGACGAACAAUUACCUGGACAAGGCGAAUGAGGAACUGUUCCACCCGAAGAAUCUGCAUUGUAUGAUCAUGACUUUCAAGCCCGAGGCGCAAGGCAACGUACUCUUGGAUUUCGAUCUCAACAGUGGCGCCUUCAGUAAUGCUCAGACGGUGCUGAAAAAGUGGUCCAGCACAACCAGCAGCUCCGGAAGAAAGCCGUCCGGUAAACUCAGGACAUCCGAUGGAACUACCAAAGGCGAACUGGAGCUCCCACAGGCUGCGUCGCUGAUCUUCCCGAGCCCCUCCAGUCAAGAUGAAUCGACCACACAGGAAGACUCAGAUGAAUGUGCCGAUGGACGGCCAUCUGCUCAACGUCGAGAAUCGUCAUGGAAAAGCACACGCAAGUUCGUCUCGGAGUACAAAGACCGUCGUGCCCAGGCAGAUUUCGCUGGCAGGUACGGCCCAGACUCAAAGCUCGCUGUCCCCGGUGCCGCGGAUCCUGGCAAAUUUGCAAGCAGGUUUGCGGAUCCAAAUCACCCUAUCAAUUCUGCAAGUUCCCUGGCUCUCCUGACGGGAGGAAGAAUUCAGAGUCCCGACGACGUCAAAGCGAAAUUGACGCAGUUGACUGGAAGGCCUCAAACACAAACAGUCAAUUACAAGGGCCAGGCGAUAGCAGGCGUCCGGGACAUGAUCGGACAGCGCAAGGGAUCGAGUCCGAGCUUGCUUGGGGGUGUCAAAGGGAUGAUGAAGCAGGAUGUUUUGUACUUGGUGAUUGCCGAGAUACCGACUGAGGAAGAAAGGUCCGAUUUACUGGCGAGUGCUGAAGUCGAACGUCCUUGAUGUGAUAUCUCAUUCAAUGCCGCCUGUGGUACAGCUUGGCGCUGCAACGAAAGAUCCGCUGAAGAGACUAUCGAUUUUGGCUAUCGAUUUUGGCCAUCACCUGGUACUUCGACCUGAUUUGCUCAAUUUGAAGUUCAGCAGAAUAAGUGCAGCAUGUUUGAGAAUCGGGGAUGUCUUUUCAUUAGAUACGAUGUUAGCACAACUGCUGUUACCUCAUUUAAGCUCAUCGCUGCCGCGUGCUCGGCCUGGCAAGCAAUCUGCUCUUUCCCCAUGAACGGUCCGAAAGUCGAUUCUCCUUGUAGUUCCACUCCUUGAUUUCCCUGUCGGUGCUGACAGUACUGCUCCAUCUUCUCCUUUGGAC